AUGGACGCGAACGCGAGCGCACUCGGGAUGUCGCAGUCAGCUGCGGGCGUGCGCUCAUCUGCGCUGCCUGCUAUCUCUCCAACGACUGUCCCGAUGACAAACUCGCUCCUCGACUUGCCGCCUGAAUUGAUCGACUACCUCAUCGACACGAUGACCAUCGACCACCCUAGCCAAUCUACGCGGAGUGCUUUCAACGCGCUCUGCCUCACCUGCAAGGAUCUUCUCCGUGUAGCGCGUCCUGUGCUGUACAGCUCCGUGUAUCUCGACCGGCCCAACAGCCACACUACCACAUCCACUCGCCGACUCGCGCACACCCUCUACACAGCUCCGCAUCUGGCUCUACUUAUUCGACAUAUCUCCACUGCCCCUGCUAGUGAGUCCACUCACAAGUCACGCGACAUGCGCCGCUUCAUCUACCGCGAGAGUACCGCCCGGCAAGAAGAACUUUCGGGGUUCGAGGAUGCUUUGAGAUCUGCAGUGCACGGCAAGGCAGGUUCAUCUGCGAUGGAAGCGACUAUUGCACAAGGCUAUGACUUUGGAGUUCUUCAAGUUGAUCUACUGUACGUGCUGUUCAUGGCAAGGCACGCUCGCUCCGUGGCAAUCCCAACAAGCGGUCUUUUCUGGCCCGCUCUAGGUAGGGACUGGAGCGAAGUUGACAUCACCAUGCCAUUGAGACUGUUGUGGUCGAAGCAGAAUCUUCAACAUCUCCCUGCAGGCAGUCUCAUGAACUUGAGAGAGCUCAGCAUCAACGCUAAAGAGUACAUGGUUUCUUGGGCAAAUCGUGAGGCGUACGAUGUUUUCCAACCACGAGGAGACGUGGCCAUGCUUUCCGCAGUGAUGGAGCUGCCGGCGCUGCGUCGGCUGUGUGCCAAAGGCUUCGCAGCCCAAAGGUCACCCGCUGUAUGGCCGCUUUCCAAGGCAUCAAGCACAGUCCGAUCCUUGAGCCUCCUGCAGUCCAAGCUCACGCCGACGAUGCUGACAACGGUGAUCGAUACCUGCGCCACUCUGGAAGAGUUCUUCUACGAGAUUGAGCGCACCGAUGCGGAGAGGUGGACUGAAGAAGAUCAAAUUGGCGGCACUUUGGCUCUACACGACGCUCUCUACCAGCACCGCGACACUCUGCACACACUUUCGAUCACCCAUCUCGCGAUCCGGGACGCCCUUUGGAACCAGGACCCCGCAGAAUUCCCCUUACAUGACCUUCAUAAUCUGACAACCGUCGAGAUUGACAUGUACCUGUUGCUUGGAAUUCGAAGAAAGACUUGCUUUUCAGACGCUGCGCGGGACAUCCCGUGUAGCCUGCGAGACAUGACUGUUCAUACAGACUGCCUGCUGGAACAUCUGGUCAUCUUCGUCAACGAGCUUGGCACUCUCCAGCAUAGGGGUCUGGAAAAGCUUCAAAUCACCUUCCGCAACACAGCCGUCAUGAAGUACAGUCGGUAUACCGAGCUUCGCGACACAGAACUCAAUGCUCCUCCAGCAAUUCCGAGCAGCAGCAAGCAUCGCUUCCGCGUGGGAACUGGGGAGAUCUGGGGACGCUUGAUGCUGACGUUCGCGUGUUGGGAACUCCAACAAUGGUCAGUCCUGGAAAUGAAUGUUCUGAUGUCGACAGUUCGCUCCAGGGGUCUCAACGGUCUGAUGGAGCUCCAGAGGCCCGACGUUUGGCAGCUCGACUGCGUCCUCGGCGAAGCACUCCUGAGCGCACGCGAUGCUGAAGAGCUGGAAUGGGACACAGCGGCGAAGGCCAUGCUGAUUGACUUUGGAGAUACUUUAGUGAACUUGUUUGGCGGCGAGGCGGAUGGGGGAGUGUAG